AUGAGCCAGACAGUCACAAACAUAUAUUGUGAAUUAUGUCACAUUUCUUUUAACAAAACCUGCCUUAUUCUUGCAGUUGAGGAGCUGUUAAUCAUCUAUGAGACAGAGGCAGAGCAAUGGGCCACCUACCUGCAGUCAGUCUUCACUGGUCCAAUCUCAGAGGCUGGGAUCUGCUGCUAUGACAUUGCAACAGUAUCCAGUCGGCGGGACGACUUCCUCAGGCUGACCCAGUAUACCUGCAAGCUCCUGAUCCUCUCUAAGGGCAUGCUGGAGGGUCUGUGCCAGAUGCGGCGCUUCUUCCUGGCCCGCGUACUGAGUCCUGCAGCUCAUGUGGUGGUGCUGCUGUGUGGGGUGGAGAGCCUGACCCCGCUGCUGAAGCUGGUGCCCCUGAAUGGUGACGAGUGCCUGCAGAUCUCCAGUGAACAAGAUGCUCAUGAGUACCUGUCCACUGUGACUGAUAUUGUGAGAAAAGCCUCAACAGCAAACGUCAACCCUUUGACUCAUAAACCAUCAGGAUCAGAACGAAAGGCGGAACAAUCACAGUCAGCUGGAGCCCAAAGUGUCAGAUCCAGCAUUGUGGUUGUUCCUUCCAGAGUUCCAUGUGGGAGCUCUAUGGAGGUGUUCAUUCUUUUGAAAAAUGAAACGGCUGGCAGUGACGCCGAGGUUGAGUUCACUGGUGAGAAUCAGAUGCUGAGAGUGAAGCCUGUCCGCUGGAAUGAGCGGAUCCUGUGCGUCAGUGCACCAGAUUUUCCAGCAGGGAAUGUAAGAGUGACCCUGUAUAGUAAUGGAGUGCCACUGAGCAAGGCACAGUUGCAAUACUACAGCAACAUGGAGGAAAUAACCUGCCUUUUGGCGAGGGCAGCAGACCCUGUUGAUUUCAUGUGCCAGGCUCUUCAAGAGUCCUCUGUGGAGAAGCUGGAUCAGAAGUUGUCCUCCAUGCUCUUGGAGGGCAUGCCGACUGGAGGCUUUCGGGGACUGCAGUGUGAAAACACACCUGAAAGAGAGCUCCACCAUGCACAUGUACCAUCACUCCUCCACUUUGCUGCCCAGUAUGGAUUGAAGAGUGUCUCCAGCCUGCUCUUGCAGUGUCCAGGUGCUGGGCGAGCACUGCACACAGUCAAUCACCACGGACAGACUCCCACUGAGAUUGCCAAGAGUCACGGCCAUACAGAGCUUCACAUCUUAUUGAAGGAAUCUCUGAAUAUGUUCAACUCAGGCGAGGACAAUGGCGAUGGCAGCGUGUACGAAAUGAUGUGCACCGCAGGGACUCCCUCUACCACAGAUGUACAGAAAGAGCAAGGAGGAGAGGAUGGAGAGGAGGGGGAUGAGGAUAUCUAUGCACCACUGGGGGUGAAUGAUGAAUAUGAUACCAUCCUGAACUCAACAAAAGCAGUGGUUAUUGCCAAUCGCCCACCAGCACCCACACCUCGGCCUGAGAGCACCCAGGUGAAAGAGGACAGAACGCCUUACAUCGCCAAAGUGUUCCAGAAAAAGAAGACACCACAGGGCGAUGGUGAUCUGUAUUCACUUCCCACUAAACAAGCGCGGGGGCGAGAAGACAGCAUCUCUUCCACCUAUGAUACUUUUGUGCCAAACCAGAUACACGGACUACAGCAGCUCAUUGAGCUCCAGCAGAGGGUGAAGGCAGGUUCACUCAGUGUGGAUGGUGCCGUGGAGCGCUUCAGUGACUGGCAGAGGGGUCAGAAGGGCGUGGAUGCCAUCCAGCAGGAGAAGUUGAGUCAGCUGAGAGCCAGUAUCAUCAGCAACAGAGAGGAUGAUGACAGUGUCUAUGAUAAAAUCAACAUCGUUCAUCACACGCCAAGUGUUGCAGUGAAUGAAAGUCGAAGAGGAAGCCAAGCAGCGGAGUCUGAUUUUUACAGCAAGCCACUUAAAGGACAGCACUCAAAUUUCUUUUCCAAAGCUGACAAACGGUGA